AAUCUCUAUAUAAAACUCUUGUCUAUUUCUCGAUUCUCGAACCUAACCAAAUCCCGAUUCGAACUGAACUGACAAAAAGUGAUGAAUGGAUUCAAUGUACUUUGACUGAAUUUGAAAAAGGCCAAUAUAUGUUAACACCAACAUUGGAAGUUAAAAAGAAGAAGAUUGUUGAAACAAUUAAAACUAAACUAACUCAACAUAACAGGAAAAGAAAAUGUGUUAGCAAGGAGGAAAAAGAAGAAAAGGAGGUGAAUGGUGUCAAUUCGGAAUUGAAUGAAGUUAAUUCAGAAGUGAAUGGAGUUUCGUCAGCUUCGA